AUGGCGGCAAGGGCGCAGCCGCCCUUGCGGCAGACCUCCCGGAGGUAUUAUGAUCCUUUGUUUGCUGAAGCAGUUCUCUUCGCCGUUGUUUUCGGUGGUUUAUCCAUUCGUCACUUGGUCUUGUUGAUCAAGACACGGACUUGGUGCUUCAUUCCUUUCUUCGUAGGAUGCCUCUCAAAGCAAACCCCAGAUUGGACUUUGAUGCCGUAUGUCGGACAAAGCAUGCUCAUUCUCUUGGGCCCAGCUUUCUAUGCCGCUUCAAUCUACAUGGUGCUUGGUCGCCUGAUCAGCAAUCUUGACGCAAAAUCGUAUUCCCUGAUUCGGGUCAAAUGGCUCACGAAGUUCUUCCUCAUGGGUGACAUUCUGUCCAUCUUCGGGCAAGGAGGAGUCGUCUUCUUCGGCUUCUUCAUGAUUGUCACGACCGUCUUGCACAUUCGAAUUGCCUUGAAACCGACGACGAAAUCGCUGCAUACAAACAUUCCUUGGCAGAAGCUCAUUUGGAUGCUCUACUUUUCGAGCUUGCUCAUCAUGGUUCGCUCCAUAUUUCGCAUGAUAGAAUACGCGCAAGGGCAUGACGGCAGCUUGAUACAGAAGGAGAUUUACAUUUGUGUACUGGAUGCGCUUCUCAUGACCGUGGUUUCGAUAGUCUUCUCGGUGUAUCAUCCGAGCAGCAUACUGAAGGACGAUGGAAACUUGAAGGGCGAUGAAGAGUUUCCAUCGAUUGGGGCUGAUAGUUAUCCAUUGCAGGGUCAUGCAAAUGGAGGCCGCGCUUAG